AUGAAUAGAACUCGUAAGGAGUCCAAAAAGGCUCAUUCCUCACAGGCUCGUCGAAAUUUGCCUCAAAAGGUAGUCAUCCAAGCCACCUACCAAGCAAACCCAGAUCCCCCAAGUCAGAGUUCAAUCAUGUCUAGUAGUGGGGCUAGUGGCUCUGAUUCAUGCAAUGUUAGUGGUGAUGCUACAAAAGAAGAGGGUGAUUUCGGUUCUUAUCCUUUGUGGAAAUAUGUUGUUAAAGGGGACAAAAUGAGUGGAGGUGGGGGUAAUUAUACUUGGCAAUGCAACUUUUGCAAACAAAUAAAGAGUGGUUCAUAUACUAGAGUUAGAGCACAUUUGAUGGGUGUUGCAAAAGGUGGAAUUAGUCAAUGUCCUAAUGUAACAAAUGAGGAUAGAAUACAAAUGAGAAACUUAGAAAGACAAGUUGAGCAAUAUAAAGAAUCUAGACAACCAAAAAGACCACCACUUCCUAGUCAAUCUUUGUCUUCUGAAACUUCUCUUUCACCAACUUCAUAUGCCAAGAAAAGAAAAUCUGACAACCCAAUCACCAAAGCUUUUGAUAUACAAGCUCGAAACAACUUAGAUGCUGAGAUAGCAAGGAUGUUUUUUACUGGAGGAUUGCCUUUCAACCUUUGUCGAAACCCUUACUAUGUUAGUUCAUACAACUAUGCUGCCACAAAUAAUAUUCCUGGUUACAAGCCUCCUGGUUACAAUAAAAUGAGAACCACUUUGUUAGAUAGAGAGAAAGAAAAUGUUGAAAGGCUUUUAGAACCAACAAAGGCUACUUGGAGGGAAAAAGGGGUAAGUAUAGUGAGUGAUGGGUGGAGUGAUCCACAAAGGAGACCUUUAAUUAACCUCAUGGUGGCUUGUGAAGUUGGUCCUCUGUUCUUAAAGGCCGUUGAUUGCUCAAGAGAGGUAAAGGAUAAAGACUUUAUUGCUAGUUUGUUGAAUGAUGCCAUUGAAGAAGUUGGAGAUGACAAAUUUGUUGUACAAAUUCUCACUGAUAAUCCAAGCAAUUGCAAGGCCGCUGGAGAACUUAUAGAGGGUAGAUAUCCACAUAUAUUUUGGACACCAUGCAUUGUUCACACUCUUAACCUUGCUCUUAAAAACAUUUGUAAUGCUAAAAAUGUUUCAAACAAUGAGGAGGUUUAUGAUGAGUGUCAUUGGAUAACCGAAGUUCAUGGAGAUGCUUUAUUUGUCAAAAACUACAUAAUGAACCAUUCAAUGAGGUUAGCUAUAUUUAAUAAGUUCUCUCCAUUAAAGCUUCUUUCUGUCGGUGAUACUCGCUUCGCUUCGGUAGUUGUCAUGUUAAAGAGGAUGAAACUUCUUAAACCAACUCUUCAAUCCAUGGUUGUUAGUGAGGCUUGGUCCACAUAUCGUGAUGAUCAUCGUGGACAAGCUACACUUGUGAGGGAAAAGAUUCUAAAUGACGAUUACAUCCUUGAUUUUACUCGUCCCAUUUAUGACAUGAUAAGAGCAUGUGAUACCGACAAAGCAUCACUUCAUCUAGUAUAUGAAAAAUGGGAUUCAAUGAUUUCAAAGGUGAAGGAGAUCAUAUAUAACCAUGAGCAUAAACAAAGGCAUGAGUAUUCUUCUUUCUUUAGUGUGGUCGAAACAAUACUUCUUAGCCGUUGGAAGAAAAGCAACACUCCACUUCAUUGUUUGGCACAUUCUUUGAAUCCAAGGUAUUAUAGUGACGUGUGGCUUAAAGAGGUCCCCGAUAGAAGAAAGGUUAAUAUGGAGUAUGCUAUUUUCUCGGCAAGAGAUGGUGGUGUAUUUACCGAACCGGAAUGCUUGAAUGAUAUGUACUUGAUGGCUCCAAAGCAUUGGUGGGCAACUUAUGGUUCACAAGUUCCGAUGCUUCAAGCAUUAGCAUUCAAGUUGUUAGGACAACCAUCAUCUUCCUCUUGUUGUGAGAGGAAUUAG